AUGUCCUCCCAGAACUGGCUCCCCAACAUCCCCCCCAGCUCCCUCUGCACCACCUACCCCUACAUCCGCGCGACCCUCAUACACCGGCUUUACAAAAAGACCGACCCUAACCAAACGCCCUACCUCCACUUCACCAACGUCCCACCAACCCUCAUCACCCCAUACCUAGAACAAGACCAAUUCCUCCUGACCAAAGCCCGCAUCACCUACGACUACCGCUCCCGCACGCUAAUCAUGAAGGGCCAUCCUCAUCGACAAGAACUAGCCAAGGGGCUCUUCGAUAACGACUUCCUGAUGUUCAGAUAUACUUUGGAUAAAUUUGCCCUCCGGCCACUCGGUGCUACGACCGUGGCCGAAGGAGACGUCGUGAAGGAGCCGGAUCUGAGUUGGCAGCCGCGUGACUUACCCCCUGGACGGGCGAGGACCUGGCCAAGUUUGGUGUUUCAUGUGGGCUGGCCGGAGGGAUUGGAGUAUUUGAGGGGGGAGGCGAAGUUGUGGCUUGAGUGGAGUAAGGGGGAUGUGAGGGCGGUGGUGUUGAUGGAUGUUGGGAGGGAGGAAUUGGGGAUUGAGAAGUGGGUGAUGGGUGAUGAGGGUGGGAAGUUGGAUCAUCGGGUGGAGGUGAGGAUGUCGAAGGAGGGGGUGGUAGAGGUGCUGGGUGGGCCUUUUGUGGUCACUUUUCGGGAGGCGUUUUUGAGGGAUCCGGACCCGGAGAAGCCGGAGGAGAGGGAUUGGGUGUGGGGUGGGGAGGAGAUCAAGGAGUGUUUGGGAUGUUUGGUGGAUGGUCGGGGCUGA